AUGAGCUUGGAGGACAAGGAGGAGCACAUUCCGGACCGGGCUCAUAAAAGGGGCGGAGGCUGCGGCGCGGUGAGAUCUCCUUUCGCCCUGCAGCCUCAUGAGCCGCCGCCUCCUCUCCGUCCUCGCCCUGCCCACCGGGGCGGGCCUGGCUGCUGCGGCGGCGGGGUCCGAGGUGGUAGCUGGGCGCCGGGGGGCAGCUGCUGGGGGGAGGCACUCGUGAGAGCCUCGGCCGCGGGGGAGCGUGCGUGGGGGCGCGAGUGGCGGUGCCGGGGUGCGGGGAAGGACGCGCGGGGGCCAGCCGCCGCGGGGAGACGGGUCUGGCAGCGGGGGGACCCCUGUGCCCGGGAGGACGCUGGCGGAGCUCCCGCGGGGCAGGAGGAGGCUCCAGCGCCGAUCCUGUGCCCGGGAGGGUUACGCACUCCAACUCCUUCGCGGAGGGAGCUGUGUGUGGGAGCGGGCAGGCAGCGCUUCGAGCUGGGACCGGAGCUCGUAGGAGAGAGACUGCAGGACGCUGACUGCGCCCCCUCUUUGGCUGAUCAAGAGCCCACCGUGAACCCGGGGGCUCUGCCCAUCCUGCUCCUCUGCCAGGCAGCCGAGACCCCCGGGGGGGGAAAGGCCAGCGCAAAGGAGGCAAAGCCAAAGAGCAGCAAGUGGUGGCCAAGCCGGGAACAGAAACACUCCUUACAGAAUGGCAAGUGCAACCUGACUGGAUGGUGGGAGAAUGACCUCGGCUCCAAGAUGCUUGUGUCUAUGGUUGACAGCCAGGGCAACUUCUCUGGCGAGUACCACACUGCUGUGUCCAGUGCCCAGAAACCCAUUGAGCCAUCUCCCCUUGUUGGCUCCCAGCACUUGGACAAGGAUGGGCAGUGCACGUUUGGCUUCACUGUCAACUGGAAGAAGUUUUCUGACUCCACAGCCGUCUUUGUGGGCCAGUGCUUCACUGAGGACAAUGGGGAGGAGGUCCUGCAGACAUCCUGGCUGCUGCGUGAGAAGGUCGACACACAGUCCAGCGACUGGAAAGCCACCAGAACGGGCCACAACAUCUUCACUCGAGUGGGCUGACAGGAGGAGGGAGAGGAACCCCUUUGCUUCAGACAGGCUUGGGAGAACCCUCAUCAGCAUCACUGUGUGUACCAUCAUCAGGGUUGCUUUCUGCUCCGGGAAAUGAAGUCUUCAAAACCAAAUAAAUUUUAUUUUCCAAGGCA